GGACCGCCGGAGCGGGGGGAUCCGCCGCCAUGUCGUUCUACCGCGCGCUGUCGAAGCAGCUGGUGAAGACCAUGAGCGCCCAGCGCGCCGUGGUCCCCUGGUACCAGCAGGAGCAGCAGCUCAGCCCCCUGGAGGGCUGGUUCAAGGACAACCUGUACCCGCUCUGGUUCCGCUUCGUCAAGGGCCCCUACGAGCGCUACCAGUACGAGCACAACGUCGCCGACCUGCGCGGCUACGGGCUCAUGUUCGACGACCAGCACAACACCCACGAGCCCGUGGUGGAGAGGGCCAUCGAGCUGCUCCCCCACGACCUGGCCGUCGGCAGGUACCGCCGCAUGAUGCGCGCCUUCGAGAUGAACGCGAAGAAGAACCACCUGCCCCUGGAGGAGCAGAACUACGACCCGAUGGUCCCGUACAUGGCGCCCUUCAUCGAGGAGGCCAAGUUCCAGAUGCAGGAGGAGCAGGAGCUGCUGCAGUUCCACCCGUGGGACCGCCGCCUCUACAGCGGCCCGACCACCGGGUUCGGCGAGUCCACGCCCUACUCCACGUUCAGCUGCUGGUGA